AUAAAGUCACUUGAUUCCAACAAUCUGGAUCAGAAGAAUGACGUUGGUGUCGAAAGUGCAGCAGUAUUACCAGAAAGUCAGAAGUCAAACGCUUUACAGGGUCCUUUAGUUGAUGCUCCGAAUAAAAUAAGUAUACAAGAAAUCAACAUCAACGAUAAUCACAUUGAAAGUCCCUCCGUUGAUGCUAAGGCGAGCACUGAAGAUGUUGAGCGUGUCGCUUUGGAAGCAGCUGUGUUAAAUCCGCGAGUUGUGCCUGGCACAAAUAAUAUUGCAAUUAAUGAUUUUGUCAACAGUCUAGACACCUAUACCUUGCCGCAAAAGCAACAUUUCCACGGCGCUACAAAUGAGCGUCAAACUGCUGUUAUUGCGGCUUUCAAGCACUCAUGGAGCGGUUAUAAAAAGUAUGCUUGGGGGCAUGACAACUUGAAGCCAUUAUCACAGGGUUCGCACGAUUGGUUUGGCUUGGGUUUGACCAUCGUGGACUCGCUGGACACAAUGUAUAUAAUGGGUUUAGAGGAUGAAUUUAAUGAGGGUCGUGAGUGGGUCAACAAUUUCCUCACAUUUGAUAUCAAUCGGGAUGUGAAUCUGUUCGAAGUUACUAUACGUGUUUUAGGUGGCCUAUUGUCUGCUUACCAUUUAAGUGGUGAUAAAAUGUUUUUGACGAA